GCUUCGACAUCUUGAACACAAAACUACAAACCAUACCUUCACCGACUAUCAGGACGACAUUCUUCAACCCACUCACCAUGGCGGCCCAGUCAUCAACACAAGAGAGUCUCUCUGGCGAUUUGUUCAAGAAGCUGACGCGUUCCGUGGAAGAACUGAUUCACUUGAAUGAGAGGCAGGGGAUGUCAGCGGAGGAACUGGAAGAGGCGUAUGUGGAGUCAGCGGCGUCGGCCCUCUUCGGUCAAUGGGCAUGGCCUGCUGCCGAGCAAGAGCCUCGUCCUACGCUGCAAUCCCCCACCUUCUGCGGCAUGUUUUCGCCGAAGUCGUCUCCUAUUGAUGAUACUGCCUCCAGUGUUUCCGACUCUGACGAGGGCGAAGGCGAGUCGGACGUUGAAGAGGGCGAGCCUCCGAUGGCUCGCUAUUGGCAAUACAGGCACAACGUGAUGAUGCAGGCCUAUGGGAACCAGACCUGCGAGCUCAAUUACUGGAAGGAGAAGGCCAUGAAGGCGGAGCAGCAGUUGGCGGACAGAGUCCUUGAGGCUCCUUCAGCCCACUCUCCUCCUGUACCCCGGCUUCGGGCUACUAGUCGUACUGACUCUGACAUCUCUCCUCUGGUCAUUUAA